AGGUCCUGGGCCAUAUAUUCGUAUUGUGGGAAUCAAUUCGGAAAUAAAAACUCACAAUUACACAGGAUUUGGUAGGGUGAAAGUUUCGUGCACUGGAGAAGGAGAUAACGCAACGAAAGUUCACUGGACCAGAACGGAUAAAGAUGGCAAUAGCAUUAGUCUAAACACAACAAUCUUAAGAAUGGAGGAAAGCAGUGUUGUAGUGGGGAGCUCCGGGAAAUGGCGUGCAGAUUUGCUUGAUAGACCAGACACGACCAAGUUUCCAUACAGUUACAAAUGCAUCGUGGAAAACAAUUGUUGUCUAACUAAGAUGUCGUCACUGCUAAAUAUGACAUACUCUCCCCCGCCUGGUAAGUAUAGGUUAAACACCGAGAACGGUGUCUUAGAAAUUCCGAAGACAUAAAGCUGACGUUUGAGGUGUUUAACCAAUUUAUAGCCUGAUUGUCGAGGUUUCCAAAACAUAUCUUAAUAGCUUGUGGGGCAUGGAAUCUGGUCUAACAUGUGCAGUUUACGCUUUAAUUGGACGAAAACCGCAUUUUAUCAUCGAAGUCCCACACGUGAAACAGCAAAUAUUAUUCUAUAAAUAUAUAAUCCCGGCGUAUUUCCCCUGGCAAUUAGGGGGUAAAUUCCUAAAAGAUCAAUAAAUUACCACGUUGCAUCAAACAAAACGGAACCUAUGGUACACCACACAAUGUAAUGUAAUCCUAGCCAGAAAUUUGUAGAGGACUGAACAUUAUAUUGUUACAUUCUGUAAGUAUGGCAAAUCCCCCCGCAUCCUCCAUUAGGUUACAGUAUUGUUGUGCCAGAUUUCCAGCUAUUAUAGUUACCGUAAACAACCAUUAAAUGGGCCAUGAGUAGGGAGGUGAAAGUGAUGUAUAAGGAUAAAUUGAAAACGUGACCAAGAUUGAGCUAUAUAGUAUUCAAAAUUCAACAGCUAUACUGCUAAUCGAUGGUGAAAAAUAAUUGACAAUUAAAAUAAGAAUGAAUGAAAUUGCAGAUGGUGAGUGUCCACCCUUUGGCGUUAUAAAACCAAUUCAAGUGGAUUCAGCUCCAAAUGAAAGAUCUGUUACAUUUAAUUGGCAAUACGACCCAGACCCUGAAGAUACAGGCUUUAGUUUUUCAGUCAGGGGUGCAUCCCCUACAAACAAUUUGAGUAUCGCCGCACGAGAACGCAUCGUUCGUGGCUUAGGUAUGUACAAACAAACGAAUUUCUAUCUAUUGACUAGUGACGUACAAUUUUCGUUUUAAAUGGAGAUUGUGAUGACACACAAUUAGGAUUAUAUUAUUUUAACAAUGCCAAACAAAUAUACUGUAUUAUGAAAAUUUUGGCCUUUAAAUGGAAAACGUUUCACUAACAGCAUUAACAAUAUCGUUAUUUUUUGCCAUUUUAUUUAUUAGCUAUGUAUAUAACAAUGUUUUUCGGAUUUCUUUAUACUUAUUACUUAUUACUCACUAUACGUCAUGUUUUUUAGAACCAAACAAGAAUUACAGUUACAGUUACAGUAUACUUUAUGGAAAAGCAUGCAAGACGUUCGCUGCGCCUCGUCAAUUUACAACAUUACCAGAUUGUGAGUAUAAAUUGUAUGUUCUUCUUAAAACACAACUCCGAAAUUACAAUGGCAUCGCUAACUAA